UUUUUCAGCGUUCAAACUUUCUGCAUUCACACCUCUGACAUGGGAAUGGAGUGUUCUGUUGGAUUUCGUCAUUUACUUCGGAGAAGACACAACUUCUUCUGCUCCAAACUCAAACCCCACUUCCUGUGUCCCAUUGAAUCCAGCAAAAACGGGAAAUAAAGGAGAAAAGAAGAAGAAGAGAGAGAUUGAAGAACAGGGUCCUUGUAGAUUCUCAUCGGAUUACUACAGAGUUGGUGCUGUGUUUUGUCUUGGUGGGCUCGCUUAUUCUUGUAUGUGUUUUGUUUUUGGGCUUUUCCGCCAUGGAAAAGGAAAGCUUCAAGUGCUGUUGUGAUACGACAUGUCGCUCAAGAACUGGAUAGACAGCAAGUCGUCUGAAAUCAAAUCUAAGUUGCAGAAGAUGAUGAAGUGCAUUUGGUCGGGACAACAACUCGCCAUGGAUGAAGCAACAGCCGAUUCUUCAGACUCUUUGGCGACUCGUGACUAUUCUGCGUCAGGGUUUUCCUCCAAGACAGGGGAGACCGCGUUCGUGUCCAAGACGGACGAAACCAACAUAGAAGAAGCGGAAUCCUCUCUUCGGGAAAGCGGCUUUCUAAAUUACGAGGAAGCUAGGGCUCUUCUGGGAAGGUUAGAGUAUCAGAAGGGGAAUGUCGAAGCUGCCCUUCACGUAUACGAAGGGAUCGAUAUAGUUUCCGUGAUGUCUAAGAUCAAACACUCUCUUUCAAGAAGAAGUGUACCAACCAACCGCCAUUUGCAGAGUGAUGUUUCCUCUCAGAUGUCUCUUCAUGCCAUCAGUUUGCUCCUCGAAGCUGUUUUCUUCAAAGCCAAGUCACUGCAGCAUCUUGGACGGUUCGAUGAAGCUGUCCGAUUUUGUAGAGUGAUCUUGGACACAGUUGAAUCUGCAUUGCCCGAAGGUUUUUCUGAAGCUUUAGCCUCUGAUCUCAAGUUAAACCGAACUCUGAACCGAGCAGUUGAACUGUUUCCGGAGCUUUGCAAGCUCGCUGGUGCAUCCAGUGACGUGAUCUUGGCGUAUAGACGGGCUCUUCUCUAUCGCUGGAAUCUUGAUGCUGAAACCACUGGGAAAAUACAUAAGGAAUUCGCCGUCUUUCUUCUGUACGGUGGCGUGGAUUGGAAACCUCCGAAUCUCCGUUGCCAGAUAGAAGAUUCUUUUGUGCCACAGAACAAUGUGGAAGAAGCUAUCCUUCUGCUGCUCGUAUUGCUAAGAAAAUCGACUCUUAGGAGGAUUUCUUGGGACCCUUCAGUCAUGGACCAUCUGUCCUAUGCUUUGGCCAUUCUCGGGGAAUCUAGGGUUCUUGCCCUGCAAGUCGAGGACUUGCACCCGGGUUUCGUCUCGAGGAAAGAAGCUUUAUAUACCUCGGCAUUGUGCUACUAUGCCGAAGGUCAGAACAUUGUUGCUUUGAAUCUUCUGAGGAACUUGCUCGACGAGAAGGAGAGGCAUGGCUGCUUGCUCGAGUUAUUACUCGCUUCCAAGAUCUGUGGAGAGAAUUCGAUCUACAUUUCAGACGGUUUAUCUUAUGCCGGUGAAGCAGUUUCCAAGACGGAUGACGAGAUGUGCAGCCAAAUGAUAAGCGUAGCGAAUUGCUUGAGAGCCGUUUUGCUAUCUGCUGAAGCAAGGUCAGCCGUUUCCGACAUGGAUAGGAGUCUCGGGCAAUCUCAAGCUCUAGACGCGUUAGAAACAGCAGAGAAAGUGAUGACGGAGCGAAACCCGUAUGUUAUCUUCCGUCUUUGCCUGGAAAACGCCGAGCAGAGAAAGCUCGAGGUGGCUCUCCACUACGCGAAACAGCUUCUGCAGAUAGAAUCCGGGUCUGACGUUAAAGGAUACAUUGUUCUGGCUCGUAUACUGUCGUCUCAGAAGCGAUACUCCGAGGCAGAGGCUGUUAUCGAUGCAGCCAUGGAUCAAACCACGAAGUGGGAGCAACACGAGCUGUUGAAAACGAAAGCUAAGCUCGAGGAAGCGCAAGGCCGGUUGAAGAAUGCCAUAAGAACAUACACACGGCUUCUAGCUAUUCUGCAGAUCAGACAUAGAAGCCUAAGCAUUGAGAAGGGAAGAGAGAAGCAAGAUAAAAGAAUGGAGGCCGAGACAUGGCUUGACCUGGCUAACGUGUACACGAGCUUGGUCAGUUGGACAGACGCCGAGCUCUGUCUUCUGAAAUCCAAAGCCAUUGAGCCUUAUUCAGCUAAUAGAUGGCACUCCAUAGGAUUGCUAAACGAGGCAAAGGGUCUGAAGCCAGAGGCCUUGAAGUCGUAUAAUACGGCUCUAGACAUCGAGCCUACGCAUAUUCAGAGCCUAACAUCCGCGGCUCGUGUUCUGCUGCAGCUAUGUAGGUGUAGCCAAUGUCUGCCGGUUCUUAGAAGUCUCCUCACAGAUGCAAUCAGGCUCGACAGGACAAACCAUGCAGCUUGGUACAACCUCGGGCUCGUUUACGGUGCGGACCCGUGUGCACCAGAUGGAGACGCGGCCGAAUGCUUUCGGGCUGCUGUUGUUCUUGAAGAAACCUCUCCGGUCGAACCCUUCAGAUGAAACUCUGGCCUUCCGCCUUUUGGCUUGCAUGAAAUUGUUCUUGACUGCUUCAGCUUGUAUUAUGUAUCGCAUGAGUGGAUGACUCUGAUGGAAACAGAAGUUACAUAGCAUACUAAGGUUGGACCGGUUUGGUUA